AUGGAAAUCUGCAUUUCAGAUGACUUGAAGACAUUUUGGACACAGCUGGGAGGUAGAAGAGUGGACAUCAUAUUUGAGCAGGUGCAAAACGUGCUGCUGUUGCUAAAGCAGAAGAUCAAGAAUGGAAGUGCCACAAACCAAGAAUGCUGGCAGGCUUGGGCACUGGUGAAUGAAGCUAAUCUAGGUGAUCUCUUAACCUUGACAGAUGUAACUGAUGUGUGUGACGGAGAUGCCAUACAGGAAUCCAAACCCAAAUUGCAGCAUCUUCUUACAGAUGACAACACUGCAAACUCUGUAGAAGGUUCUCACAGCAAAAAGGAGAAGGUGGAAGAAACAGGCUCAGGGAGUAAAGAAGCAUCUAGUAAAAUUCAGGACUUACAUUUAAACCUGCAGUAUCAGAACCACAAGUGCUCCAGUGCCUGUCUUGCCAACAGAGCAGCAGGCUCCUACAGAGGUGAAAAUCCUCUGAAGAUACCGAUCCUGUUUCACUUCCAAAGGCGCCACGCGAAAGCGGACUGCCUUUCCAAAUCACUGGAUGUGAAUUACAAAGCUCCUUGCGGACGAAGUCUGAGAAGCUUUCAAGAUGUGCAAAAUUAUUUGUUUGAAACAGAGUGCAAUUUCUUAUUUGUUGAUCACUUCUCCUUCAACACGUACGUACUGUUGGGCAGGAACACUCUGAAUCCCGAACCCCUCGUGUUUGACUUUGAUAUUAGCAAUGGAGUCGAGUCUGUGCCUGUUUCCUUCUGUAAUGAUCUUGACCGCGCAAGAUUGCCUUACUUCAAAUAUCGGAGGGCACCGUGGCCACGUGGAUAUUGUCUCAACAAUUUCUCCAGCAUGUUUGUUGAUUCGUGUGACUGCACAGAUGGCUGCAUUGAUAGGUCAAAAUGUGCAUGCCUACAGCUAACUGCAAGAGGCUGCAGUAGAAUUUCUCUGUCUCCCAGUAAUAAAACAUCCCAUGGAUACAGUUACAAAAGACUGGAGGGACGUGUUCCUAGUGGAAUUUAUGAGUGUAGUGUGUUGUGCAGGUGUGACAAGAUGAUGUGUCAGAACAGAGUUGUACAGCAUGGCAUUCAAGUCAGGUUGCAAGUGUUCAACACGGAGAAGAAAGGCUGGGGUGUCCGCUGCCUGGAUGAUAUUGACAAGGGGACAUUUGUUUGUACUUACUCAGGCAGAUUAAUGAGCAGAGCUGAGGUUUCAGGAUUGGGAGAUGCUGGUCAAGAGCUGAAAGAGAAGAGUGCUGUGAAUGACAGAGGCCAUGGCAGCUUUUCCAAAAAAAGAAAACUUGACACUGACUCUUCAGACUCAGUGAUUGAACUAGUGCAGACUAGCAAAAAUGACAUUCCUGAGAAGCAGGAACCUUUGUCUCAGACUGUGGAUAAUGACAAUAAGUAA